AUAUCGCAGACUCCUAUCUGCAUAUUGCCAGGCCCAAUGUAGAAACCACGCCCACAAUCACAGGCACGUGUAUUUUUCGAGAAAAUAUUGAAGUGACCCCCGACCAGGAAAUGUAGGAAAGGGCCGGUCAUGUUUAAGUCACCUUUAAGGUCUUUGCAGGGCAGCCGCUUUCACCCCAAACUUAGUAUGUGAAUCCUGAAACUGACGCGGCCCGUUGUUUUCCAGUUCGCAGUGACUUAAGUUCAGGAGCUGGCUAAGACGUCCGUCCUUAAAACCUCGGGUGGGAUGAAAACCAGCAGACCCCGUAGAGAGCUCCCCGAAUAUUCGAAACUGAUAAGCCGUGACAAGAAGUGGCCAUUGAGACACGCCAUAAGGAAAAGAAAUGGAAACGUGGGACAAUAAACCAAAUGCUGCAGUCAUUGGAGGUGUCAUCGCAGCCGGGCUUGUUCUGGUUUGUCUGCUCGCCGUAAUCCUCCGGUAUCUUUACCGUCACAAGGGCACCUACCACACUAAUGAGGCCAAAGGAACCGAGUUUGCAGAAAAUGCGGACGCCGCCCUUAAAGCCGACCCCACAUUAAAGGAGGCUGUGGACGAGAGCAAGAAGGAGUACUUCAUCUGAGUGGAACCCUCGGCCUGUACACCCGGUGCUUUUCUUGUGUUUAUGUAUAUAAAAGGACAUGGUGGGAAAUAACCACAGGGGGCCGGGGGAUGA